UUAAAUCAAAAAGAAAAAUAUAUAAACAUUUAAAAAUCAGUUUUAUUUACCAAUAGAUUAACAAGUAUCACCUAAAAUAUUCAAAACUAUUUACAAAUAACCUUUAAAAUCAUGAAUCACUAUCUCCUAGGUUCACUAUCUCUCAACUAUUAUUGCCUAUAAAUCCUGGAAUUACAAUGCUUUGCAGAUAAGUUCACAGGGAAAGUCACAACAAUACCAUUACCCAUUAUUAUAUAUUCUAGAUUUUUAGAUCUUAAUGAGACUUUGGUACCCAAGUAGCCAGCCAGACUUUGAACCAGGAGAUAACCCCAAACCAACCCCGACUAUCUACAGAUUGUUAUCGAAAGUUCCUAAUGGAUUGCGCACCUUGCUAAUGGAUCAAUCAGAAAAUGCGACCGCCAGACAGAUUCAGAUUUACGAGGUAGUCAUAUAGUGAUUGUCGUAAAGCCUCACAACCACCUGGUUGUCCCGAUAAGCCGGAAGAGAGGGUGUGUGUGGGGGUUUAUCGGUAGCUUAUCGGAUGGAGGGGUUUCGAUAAGCAACGACAACGACGACGACGGCAGUCCAAGAAGCAUUUUCCUAGCACAAUCUGGAGUAGGCCCUCAGUCACGUAAAAUAGGCCAAGCGGUCAACAACAUUUAAAGUUUUUUUCAAAGGGAAUCAAGCUUUCGUAAACCCUACAUACAUUUAGAGGAUAUAUAGAAAAGUGAUCAGUGAUCAGUGAUCUUUAAAAAUGGUUUUCCUUUUAGCCCUCGGCCUGAUCUUUGGCAUUCUUUGGACCCUGAUUAGUGUGGUUCUCAAACUUUUGGGCCUAAAGCCUCCCCUGAUUUUCAACAAAUACCCCUUGAAGGGUAUCUUCUAUAGAGUCAAAUUCUGGUUGGCUUUACUGGUCCUACGACGCCUGAGAUAUCGUAUUUAUAGAAGAAACGAAGAGGUUUUGGGUUCCCCAGAGCACUUGGCCAAAAUCGAUCGACCCCAGGAGCUGAGCACUGAUCCCAAAAGCUAUGAUGUUGUAAGCUUUAUGGCCGCCAAUAAGGAGGGUCAGAAACUGAUGGUUACCUUGGAGCGCAGGAGGAGAGGUGUUCUCAAAGCAGCUCUCUACCUUUGGCUGCCAGAACAAGGAUUACUUAGCUCACCCAAUCUGCCAGACAUGAUACAUUUCACUACGGAAGAUGGCCAGGAGAGCAGCGAGUUUCAGGGCGGAGGUUUCCAUGUGUAUCAAGAGGAGUCCAUGAAGGUGUGGAGGAUCCAAUACAAGGGUGUUUUGAAGAGUCAAGGCGAAGAGGAAAAGGAUAUACCUGUUAACCUGGAUCUACGCUUCAAGAGCUCCUCCACGGAACACUUUGAUUAUAGCCGGGACUUGAGCUCCUCUUUGAUAGCCGAUUCUAUAGCCAGGGAGGCCUGGAAUGAGAGAUUCUACAGUGUGAUUCGAAGCGUUAAUCACAUCAUGGACCGACGAACCCACUACGAACAGAAUGGCGAACUCUCCGGGAAGCUGAUCCUUGGGGAAAAGGAAUUUCCCCUGAAAAUGCUGGGCUUCCGGGAUCAUGGCUUUGGCACCGAACGUUGUCUCAGCUCCAUCAAUCGUUAUGUGUAUUUUGCCUUGUUCCUGGACGAUGGCAGCAGCAUGGUGGUGGGUAAUCUCAGCCAGCCAUCCUUUUUCCUAUCCUCCCUGAAGGUGGGCUAUGUCUGCACACCCACGGGUCAGUAUCAACCGCUGACCUGGAGCAAUUUCGAGCUGUAUUCGUAUGGGGAAAAGGGUACACCGCCGCAGCAUCAGAACUUUAUAGUUCGCACCGAGGAAAAGGAGUACCUGGUGCAGAUCCAGGAGGAGGCGUCCGCCGUGCGGUAUGUGGGCGGUGACUGGGACUCGAAGGUCUUCAAUCAGUUUGUGGCCUGUACGGUGAAUGGAGUGGCGGGUCAGGGGCAUGCCGAGUUCCUGUAUCGCCACAAGGGCGGCAGGCCCGAGGAUAUAGCCGCCAAGGAUCCCAAUUGGUAUCGGAAUAUUAAGCAAUUCGAGAGGAGUCUGACGCUGCUGGACGAGCAGGAGGAGAGGGACUUUAUCUUCUAGGAAAUUUAAUUUAAUUUUUUUAUAAUUUUUUUUUUGUUAUUAAACUUAAGUUUUUAAAUGGGGA